GUGAAGGGCAACGAAGAACCGGUUCUCCUCGCCGUAUCAAAACAACAGCGCUCCGGUCGGUCAGAGUCGAGCUGCAGUCGAGGGUUGUGAGCAGAGUGGAGCUGGUGUGAGAGGAGCCGAUGCAGUGACGUGAUGCAGUUUUAUCCACGGGGUUAUUUUUGAGAUAUGAAUCAGAGCAACACACAAUUUAAGCUUGCCAGCUAGUGGUGUUUGAUCUGGAGGGAGAGCAAAGGACGGCCGAGACCAUGGAGCUGUCAGACGGCUUGUUGCUGCAGGUCAACAAUGGGGAACAGUGGUGUAACCACUGGAAGCAUCCCAGCGACGACUCCGACCGCAGCACCAGCCCCUCGGUCCUGCGCAGCGUCGCCAGCACGUGGAAGGAGGGCCUGCUGAACAGAAAGAGGCCCUUCGUGGGCCGCUGCUGUCACUCCUGUACACCCCAGAGCUGGGAUAAGCUGUUCAACGCCAGUAUUCCUUCUCUGGGUUUGCGCAACGUCAUCUACAUCAAUGAGACGCACACUAGGCAGCGAGGCUGGUUGGCCCGCAGGCUGAGUUACGUGCUGUUCGUCACCGAGAGAGACGUUCACAAGGACAUGUUCACCAGGAACGUCGUGGACAACGUGCUCAACAACAAAAGUGUGGAGGCUGCUAUCGUGAGUGUGGCCACAGAUGCGGACGCUGUCAUGCAGCCUGGUCAGGAGCACAAAGCUGUCAGUAAGGUGAAGCAGAAAGCCAGGGCCUUCCUCCAGGAGAUGGUGGCCAACAUUUCACCAGCCUUCAUCAGGCUGACUGGAUGGGUCCUCCUAAGGCUCUUUAAUGGCUUCUUCUGGAGUAUACAGAUUCACAAGGGCCAGCUGGAAAUGGUCAAGAAAGCUGCUACCGAGCAAAAUGUGCCCAUGGUUUUCCUCCCUGUUCACAAAUCCCACAUUGACUACUUGCUCAUCACCUUGAUCCUGUUCUGUCACAAUAUCAAAGCGCCGCACAUCGCUGCCGGAAACAACCUUAGCAUGCCGAUACUCAGCACCUUGAUCCGGAAACUGGGGGGAUUCUUCAUACGGCGAAGGAUGGAGGAGACGGGUGAUGGGAAGAAAGACGUUUUGUACAGAUCACUUCUACAUGCAUACACUGAGGAGCUGUUGCUUCAGCAGCAGUUUCUGGAGGUCUACCUGGAGGGGACGCGCUCCCGCAGCGGUAAACCGUCUGUGCCGCGUGCAGGCAUGCUGUCCAUCGUAGUAGACACCCUGUGCACCGGCUCCAUCGCAGACGUACUGGUGGUGCCAGUUGGCAUCUCCUACGACCGCAUUAUUGAGGGCAACUACAAUAGCGAGCAGCUGGGCAAACCCAAGAAGAAUGAGAGUUUGUGGGGAAUUGCCUGUGGGGUGUUCAGGAUGCUGAGGAAGAACUACGGUUGUGUUCGUGUUGACUUCAACCAACCCUUCUCCCUAAAGGAAUACCUGGACACUCAGAGAAGCCGGCACAUUCCACCACCGGUGUCCCUGGAGCACAGCUUGAUGCCCACCAUCAUUUCUGCACAGCCUGAUGCUCAGCCAUUUGAGGAGCAGAUUAACCGAGAACUGCCCGAAGACGUCCUACGACGUCAGCUUAUUAAUAACCUCGCCAAGCACGUCAUCUUCACGGCUAAUAAAUCCUCGGCCAUCAUGUCUACUCAUAUUGUAGCCUGUCUGCUGCUGUACAGACACCGUCAGGGGGUGGUGCUGUCCAAGCUGGUGGAAGACUUCUUCAACAUGAAGGAGGAGAUCCUGUCGCGGGACUUCGACCUUGGCUUCUCCGGGAACUCGGAGGAUGUGGUCAUGCGCGCCCUCCACCUUUUGGGAAACUGCGUCAACGUGACCAGCAGCGCAAAUCGCAACGGGGAGUUCACGAUCGCUCCCAGCCAGACGGUGCCGGCGCUGUUUGAGCUCAACUUUUACAGCAACGGCCUUUUCCAUGUGUUCAUCCCUGAUGCCAUCAUUGCUUGCAGCAUCCUGUCCCUGCAGCGGGAGCUGGUGGUGGAAUCAGAGUCAGAUCACCAACCCAGUGCUCCCAGUAGCGUCCUGCUUAGUCAGGAAAGGCUCAUCCGUAAGGCUGCCGGGCUCUCCCACUUCCUUUCCAACGAGGUGGCAGUGGCACCUCCCUGUCAGACUAUUUACCAGGUUUUUCAUGACGCAGUGACACGGCUGAUCCAGUAUGGAGUUCUUUAUGUAGCGGAGGAGGAUCAGGAAGAGCUCAGUCCCAGCCCCACAGAGGAACCUUGGCCCAAAAGGUUCCCUGAGCCCCUUUCCUGGAGAAGUGAUGAGGAAGACGAGGACAGUGACUUUGGAGAGGAGCAGAGGGAUCGCUACCUAAAGGUGAGCUCGUCCACCGUGCACCAGGAAUUUUUCGUCUUUCUGCAGCGACUGCUUAGCCCAGUGCUGGAGGCAUACAGCGGGGCUGCAAUCUUCGUCCACAGCCUCACGCAGCCCACGUCGGAGUCCGACUAUACCCAGAAGCUCUUCAGAUACUUGCUCACACGCACAGAGAGAGGCGUCGCUGCUUAUGGGGAAAGUGCAACUCAUUACCUGGUUAAGAACACAGUGAAGACAUUCAAAGAGCUCGGGGUCCUAAAGGACAGAAGAGAGAACAAGGUGACCACCCUGGAGCUGAGCAGCACCUUUCUACCUCAGGCCAAUCGGAACAAACUCCUGCAGUUCAUCUUAAGUUUCGCACUGUUGUGACCAGGACGCGUUUCCACCCAGCUCAGACCCUAGGCUCCUUCCAAUAAAGGGCUUCUACUGGUUACGUCUCAACAAUCCCAGGUGCUACUCUGUGGAAAGCUUUACCAGGAAGUGCCUUCGUGUAAAAGCAGCUGACUCUUGGCUGUGAGUUGGAAGUGACUUGAAGCCAGUCUUCCCACUUGUGUUCCCGUCUACAGUCCCUUGUUUUAGAACGGUGCAGCUGGUAAAACACCGUGAUACCUGCUUUAAAUAGGUACCUCAAGAGACAGUUUUAUUAGGACGAUAUAGUCACAUAGUUUAGUCAAUAAUAACACUUUUACAGUAAUCUGAACAGUUUAAGCUGCCUUUCAUCAAAACAAGUGAUCAAGAAAAAUAUGCAGAACAAUAUACAAAAAUAGUAGUAAUAUAGAAAAAAUAUUUUUAUGUUGACCAUUUAUAAAACGGCUGUAGUUUAUGCAGUGCGUUUCACAAUUAUAGCGUCAACAUGUAGUUGCUGUACAUAUGUUGGUCACAAGAACAAUUUGUCAUUUGUGUAGUUAAAUAUGAUGGCGACAUUGGAUAGAAAUGUUACAUAUCCUCAUUUUCAUUUCAACUGUCGGUCCAAUGCUUCCGACUGGUGAAAACUCUCAAAUCAUAAGGUAACAAACCAGUUCAGACCUGCAGCAAUACCACCAUUAGUAAAAUGUGUCUGACGAACGUGUGAAGUCUAAAGUCGCAGCCGCCACAGCUACAGUAAGUGCAUUCAAACCACUGAUAUUUAAGUGCAUUCAGUUUCACCUCUCAUCAUGGGCAUGAUGACGAGUGAGCUCGCGUGUGCGCAACACCUCACUUCUUAAUGAUUGUUCCACAGCACAGCAUUUCAAAUACUUAGUACCAGCCAUCACACACAGUUGCAGUUCUUCGGUCAUGCCUUUCAGGGAGAGCACAUAUUUAGGAUUACCACCGUUUUUGUACGAUCAACACUGUAUAAAAGCCUUUUUAUCAUUCAGAAACCCGAGAUAAUCCAGUUGAGCUAGAGGCCGGGUCGUAAAACGCUGGCUCUGUCGUACUGUUGGGAUUAGAGAGGAUGCGUUCCUUCAGUUGUUUACUUUUAAUACAGACUAUCGCGAAUUAAGGUUCAGAACAAAAACAGUAACGUCAUCACGUUUACCCUUUUUUCUGUUACAGUGAGUGAGUUACUUUUUUUUAGCACCCCUGUCUUACUUCUCUAAUUAGUCUUUUUUUUUAACACCAACUGCCUGUAAAUAGAUUCUGGUCAUUUGUGUUUUUAGUUGUGGGGGGGUGUCACAGGUUGGACCCAAAAUCCGAGUUGAAGAAUUUAAGGUAAAAUUAUGGCUGAAUUCAAAGUAAUGAAAAUGCACAAAAUUACUUAUUGUGAUUUCUUCUAAAUCAGGAGCUUAAAGGCUCAAACCAAAAGGGACCUGAUGCUGGAAAAAGUGAGUGUGAGUGUUAAAGACCCACAUUCUCGAUCUGUCAGGAAAAAUAAACGCCAGCGUGUGUUACAAGCAUUCAACGUUCUGCUUUAUUUGAUAUAAAAAACCUGCAUAUUAUUAUGCAGUUUAUGGCUGAAAAAAAUCCAUAAAUGAAAGUUACUGAUGAAGGUUAGUGAAUGACGUCCUAUAGCAGGUUGAAGAACAGCAAAGUAUGUUAUUUCAGUGGGAAUGUGAUUAAAGGCGCACAAGCAUUUCUGAGCCCACUAUCGGUUUCAGUCCUCACUGGCCAAGUCCAAACCACUUUACGUACUGUACUGCAUGUUUCCUCCAGUCGCCUUUAGUCAUCAGCGCUUCAGCGUGAGCCCAGAAUUGUGUUUGUGUGCGAGUCAUGCUGAAAAGCAAGGUAGUCGUUUGCGUAGGAGAUAAAAGUUGGUUACCUCUUGAAUGUAUUUCAUGUCUCUCUCAAAAGGUCAGCGUGAUAGUGUAGAAUAUUCUGGAGUCUGUACAGGUGUGAUCAACUUUUUAUUAACUGCACGUGGGAGUUGUUGAGACUUGCUGCAUUAACAACAUCCCACUACUCUGUAGGAUAGAGAAAAAAAAACAAGCCUGUACUGGGGGAGCAGGUGCCAUUUUAAUGCACUGUAGUGAUCUUUUGAGGGUUGUUUGUUGUGUUUGUGCAUGUUGAAACUAUAAUGUGUGAGAAUCCAAAACUGUAGAUUACAAAAACAGGAACUUGUUGUUACUAAAAAAAGACUCACCAGCUAAUAAAAAAAAAAAAGAAAAAGUCACUGUUUUGGUUCUUGCUCUCAGAGAAACGCACAAUUGGCAUUAGUAGUUGUUGUUUUUAAAUAAAUUAACAAUAGAUUAACAA